AUGACAUCAGCAGAGUUAAUCAACGCGACUUCUGUCACGUCGCUGACGCUGGUCGGUCUUGCCCCGCUGUCCAACCACAGUCUGUUCUUCUUUUUCGUGUUUCUCUCGGUCUAUCUCUUCGUGUUGUCUGCCGACUCGCUGGUGGUUUACAUCAUCUGUUCGCAGCGGAGUCUGCGGCGGCCGAUGUUCUGCUUUGUGGCGGCGGUUCUGCUGAACUCUCUCGCAGCCAGCGCAAUGGUUUAUCCCAAACCUCGGUCUGACCUGCUGGCAGGCGGCGGCUCUGUGCACGUGUCCCGCUCCGCGUGCCUGUGUCAGGGCUCCAGCUUCAUGCUGCUGUCCGCCAUGGCCUUGGACCGCUACCUGUCCAUCUGCCGCCCGCUGCGCUACGCCGCGCUGGUAUCGCCUGCCGCUGUAGCGGUGCUGCUGCUGCUCUGCUGGCUGCUCCCGGCCACUCUGGUGGGCGGCGGGGUGCUGCUCGCCAGCCGCUUACCACUCUGCAGCACGCAGCUCAGCAGGCUCUACUGCGACAUCUACAGCUUCGUCAGCCUGAGCUGCGGCGGUGGUGCAGCGCAGCUCAGCGAAGUAUACGGGCUUAUAUGCACCACGGCCACCGUCUUCCUGCCUACCGCCUUCGUGCUCUUCUCCUACGGCAGGAUCCUCGCCAUCUGUCUGCAGAGCUCGCGCAGCUUCAGCAGCAAGGCGCUGCACACGUGCCUGCCGCACCUGCUGGUCUUCCUCAGCUACUCCAUCAGCACCGCCUUCGAGAUGCUGCAUCGCCAGCUGCAGGCGCGCAGCGACCCUGCCGCCUCGCUCGCCGCCUCGCUCGCCGCCUCUGUGGUGUUGGUGGUGGUUCCGACGGUGCUGAACCCGGUCAUCUACGGGCUGAAGAUGAAGGAGGUGUUCGGUCACGUGACGAGGCUGCUGACCUGCCGGACAGAGCGCUGA